AUGCGAAAGCAGGCCAAGCUCCGUAAAAGCCCAACGGGGCUCCUAUUACAAAACGAACUCUACCUCGAGGAAGCCGACGACGAGAAUUUCGAAUCGUCAGAAAAGAGUAGUAGGCAUACUUUCACAAUAGUCUUGUCCACAAGCAAAUCAAUGUUCGGCAGCGGAAAAUCAUCUUUGGGAACAUGCCUUAUUGAGAUUUCAAAAAUAGAUGCAUACGCGAACACGUCCAUCCCUCUUGGGCAUGGGGACGAUGUUCGAAAUCCAAUCAGAAUAAUCUACUGCCUUAAUGAAAUCAGUAUAAUAGUAACAAGACAGCUGAAGAGAGGAUGA